AUGUGUGUAGCACGACAACCAGCAUCUCGAGAGCCCUUUUCAGCGGCCAGCUACUACAGAGGUGGUGGUAUCAGCGAUGGCUCUGUUAGGUCUUGGUUGCUGUUUUGGCUGCUGCUGCUUCAGCAGUUCUUGCUGCUCCUUUUCAAGUUUUUUCCGGGGAUCUUGUUGGUCUUGCUUUGCAGGCUUUGGUACCGGUGUCUCAGAAAUGAAGCAUGCCUGCUGCUUGUGUGUUGUAUCUCGACUUCAAAAGAGUACCGAUCGGCGGAUGCCAGAAUCCCAGGAUACACCAUUGUGCCACCACAGACGCACGACUCCAACUACCUUGACCACCUCACCCGUUCACUUACCGUUGAGUUCCUGGUCUUCAGCUAUCAUCACAGAGUGCUGGGCUACGUCAAGAUGUCCUUUCUGUGGCGUGCGUACGGCGGUAUAGAGCUGUCGUUCACUUUCACGGGCUUGCCAGCGCUGACAUACCUAGGGAGGUCGGACGCCACUUCCUCCUCAACGUCGUCGUCAUCAUCAACAUCAACAUCAUUAUCAUCAUCAUCAUCAUCAUCAUCGUCAUCAUCAUCAUCAUCAUCAUCAUCAUCAUCAUCAUCAUCAUCAUCAUCAUCAUCAUCAUCAUCAUCAUCAUCAUCAUCAUCAUCAUCAUCAUCAUCAUCAUCAUCAUCAUCAUCAUCAUCAUCAUCAUCAUCAUCAUCAUCAUCAUCAUCAUCAUCAUCAUCAUCAUCAUCAUCAUCAUCAUCAUCAUCAUCAUCAUCAUCAUCAUCAUCAUCGAACAUCAUAGUGGCGGAGGUAUUGGGACCAGUGGCUGGACAUGACUUGGCGGCAUUGUGGGUGCUGACGAUGGUGUUUGUGGUGGUUGUGGCGAUGCAAACCGCAAGGGCGGCAGCAGCAUGGCGCAGCAGUGAUCUCAACUCGCAACAGAAAUGGCACCGCUUCGGCAACCUCAUCGUGGAUCUGAUGGUCUGUGUGAUGCUGGUGACGGCGUGCGCUGUAUAUACGGCAUUUAUGGUACAGAAGGCUGCCGUAUUCUCAGCGCGUCAGCACUACCGGGUGUACGACGACAUAGAGGGCGCCCGGGCACGCUGGCUACUGCCGCUCAAGACAAAUCCGGAUGUGCUACAGCCCAGGCAGAGCGCAGAGCUCAAGGUGUCCCUGGACUCGCUGGGGCUGUCACUGCCCUCGAGUUCCAGCACCCCGGGCAGGUACCUGCUGCCAGAUGACCCCGCAGGGACUGCAGACUGGGAGGCACUGGCGGAGGUCCUUGUGAACGCGGACGGACUAUCCCGCAUGUGGACAAUUUACGGCAUGAUCCAGGCAAUGACGUUGGUGCUGCUAUUCGGCAGGCUUCUGUCCACACUGGCUUUUCAAGGUCGCGUCGGCAUCAUGGUACGAACGCUAUUCAACGCUGUACCUGCCGUACUACACUUGGUGAUCAUACUGCUGCUCAUUGCCGUCAUGUUUUCGGUCAUGGAAGUGUGUCAGCUUGGUAUCCACGUCGAGGAAAUGAGCAACCUGGAUGGCGCCCUGAGCGACACUCUUGGGCUCCUGGUGGGCCGGUCCAUCCUGCGUAACCUUGAUACCAUCGUGCCCCGGAAUAUGGAGUUCACAACGGUGCAGCUGUUGCGCGGACAUACUUAUCGUGACGGCCAACCACCAUUAACUAAUCGGCAGCUUCAUCGCGUAGUACGAGACGGAGCCCUGGCUGGCGUCGAUGUACGGCCGCAGAACUGGAAACCUAUUCGCGUCGUACUCUUUCCGUCGCCAACGGGCGGUAAAGCUUACCUGGACCUUGAGGGGGUACGACAGAUGCUGGAGACUGCUGCACGACGGGCGACUGCAGACGAUCCCACAGCUGUCACGAGUAGCCGUAUUGCAGCCGCCAUUGCUGAAGCCACUGAAAGUGGAGCCGCCACGACUGGGGCUGAGUCGCCAGAUCCCGGCAGCGAUAGCGCCGCUGCCGCCGGCAUCAUUACCAGCCGCGACGGCGGGGAAGGGGACGCUGCCAGGAACGGGCAGAAAAGUGAAGGGGAAGGUACCGGUCCCAGUUUUGGUAGCACCGCUGGUGUCAGCAACGCCAACUCCGAUUGCAAUGGCUCCCCUGGCCGCGGCUGCUGGGGCGUGUUGAAGACUGACAAGUAUGGCUGCUGGCCUAACCGCGGUAGUUGCGGCAGUGGCACUGGAAAUGGAGGAUGUUGGAGUGCCGGAAGCAGUGGUGAUGCAGAGGAGGCUGCGUGUUGGGAGGACCGACAAGGGGGAGAUCAACCGAAUAGGUCCGGGGUCCAGACCCGUGGCCAAGGCAAGAGCGGGAGUGAAAGCCAGAACCUGAGCCACACGCACCUCCAUGGCCAAAGGCGACAUGGCAUGUGGCAUACUGCCCAAGGUGUUGCCUCUGCCCUUCCCUCCUCCAGCACAUCCGCUUCCAGGUCCUCCCGCAGGCAGCUUGAGCUGAACCAACUGCUCAUAUCUUUUAGCUCACAUCGUCUCAACCGGUCACAGGUCUCGAAUAACGAUUGGAUGCUGGGGGACGAGCAACUGAACAAUUUGUGUGGAUUGAUAGCGCAACGUAUCUUGGAUUACCAAGGACAUCGGCGCUUCGAGUACCUGGGACACUCGAGGUUUGGACGGGAAGGGGGACGAGAGUUCGCCUGUUCCAAGUACCGGCCUGUACCCAUCGGGAAACCCGUCGUCAUGACGCCGGUGGUGAGAUUCAAUCCCACGCUGGAUACCGAUGCCAACACCAGUGGCCCUGUCACCAGUGUCAGCAGCAAUGUGGCGAGCGGGGGAACCAGGUCACGCAUUGUGCAGCGCCGUGUGCUUUGGAGUAGUGGACCCUCAGCUCCGGUUGGCCAGUUGGUGGGCCAGCGGUACAGUCUUACCGCGGUGAGUCGUCUGGUAAGCUACCAGACAGGCUUGGGGCAACGAUCCGGUUUGAGCCAAGUGGAUCGAGGCCAGCGGCUCAGUCAGUCGGCAGGGAAACGACAAUCACAUUGGCCCCAGGGACAGUUCAGGCAGCUCAGCAACUUGACAGGUCAGCAGAGUGGCUGUGCGAGUCAAACAGGAACCAGCCAAAUCCACCGCAUGAGCACUGGUGCAGAGCAGUGUCUGCACAAUGCUUGUGAUUCCACCAGCGACAAGCUGCUGGGUCUUAGCAGCGGUUGCGGCAGCAGCGGCAGGGUCCUUAUCCGGCAAGGAGGUGGCGGCGAUGGUUCAGAAGCGGACUUCAGUGAGGCCCACUCCACCAUCACUAAUGACGUGGCUGCAAGCAUUGUUAUCAGCAACGGCAGUGGCAUAGGUACAGGAGCUGGUGGUACCGCUACUACAACGAUGAUGGAAGAGGAUGAUGUGUCUGAAUUCGCCAUUUAUGCAGCAUUGUGGGAGUCGAUACGCGCCAUGGAGUACUGGCAGGCUGGUGUGGUUCGCUGGCAAAGCCAUGUGUGGCUACAGCAGCAGCAGAUGCAACAGGUGCAUGAUAAAGUUCUUUCAAUGCUUACCUGCAGUACCGCUGAUGGUGCCGGCAAGCUGCCGCGUAUGGUGCUGUUACUGGGAGCCCCAUCAUCGUCAUGUGGGUCAUCAUCGCUGAGGGCAUCUACCUGCCCUGGUUCUGAGGUGUUGAUACGAGACACGAAUCCUAGCGCCAGCAAACGUAGCGGUGGCACCAACGAUGCUCGGAGCAGAACAUUCCAGCAGGUUCCGCUCGGCUUACCACAACUUACCAACGAAAUGCCCCCUCCUCUUGCUACACCUGGUGAUGCUGCACCCGACAACGAUCGCGGCGUGACCAUGGUGGAAACUGACCCAUGGGUUGGUGCUGGGCCAGUCAUGCCUGAGCAACGAUUGUCCAUGCCACAACCGUUGAGUACACAUGAGGUGAAUACCAGCAGCAAACUGUCAAAACGGCGCAUCACUUCAAGCAACAAUGGUAAUGACGCCUCCACUACUGAUUUUGCCACAGAGCCUAUCGCAGAACCUGGGGUCAGCAAAUUAAGUAGUGCAGAGGUCCUGCCAGCAGGCGGCAUUACAGAGACUCUGCCAGCAGGCAGCAUCACUACGGCAGGCACUUCUGCUGUAACCGAGGCCCCGCCAGCAGGUGGCAUCGCUGAGGCCCCGCCAGCAGGUGGCGUCGCUGAGGCUCCGCCAGCAGGUGACGUCGCUGAGGCCCCGCCAGCAGGUGGCGUCGCUGAGGCCCCGCCAGCAGGUGGCGUCGCUGAGGCCCCACCAGCAGGCAGCGUUACCAUGGCCUCACCAGUAGGCAAAGUAGGCGAUGCCCGGCCAGGAGGCACGGCUACCAUGGCCAUGCCAGCAGGCAGUGCCACUGCAGACCCAUCAGUUGGCAGUAUUGCUGCAGCCACACCGGCAGGCAGUGUAACUGCAGCCCUGCUGGAUAGCAGUGUAACCGAGGCCCCAGCAGCAGGCAGUGGUGUCACCGAGGCCCUGCCAGCAGGCAGUGGGGCUGUCACCACAACAGCGAUAGUGCCACCAUACACGCAGAUGCUUUCUCAGCGGGUUGGGAUGGCUGGGAUGCAGCCACUGGUGACAGGCAACAAACCACUGGAGCAGCAACAGUCGCUGCAUGCACCACGGGGGAAGAGAUGGGCCCUACCACGGCCGGGGCAGCCAGCUGGAGGUGAUUGGGCGCGGCCGACGUCACCCUCAGCGGCACCCUCAGCGGCACCGAUGCAGAUGUCGGGAUUUGCUAAGCAUGGCAGCUUACUUAACCGGUCAGAGCCAACACAGCAACAGGCAUCUGAUCGGCCGGACACACUGGCGCCACUAUUAGGGUCUACAUUGUCGCUGAAGAGCAGCCGAACAUUAGCACUUGAACUGCUGCUGCCGCCAUGGAUUUCGAACACAGUAAUGCCGCCGCCCAUAUACCAGGACAGCUGGCAGCAAUUACAUGCACUAUCACCAUCGAAUAGCUUCAAGGGAGAUUGGUUGGUGCUACCGCCGCCCCCUUCGGAAUCACACCUGCGCGAUGCUGCGGUGCUGGAGGCGACGGGGGCAGCAGCAGCUGCUGCAGCCGAGGUGGCGGCAGCUGCUGCGGCAUCACCAUUAUCAAAGAAGUACCCGUCCAGGGCAGAUUCCAUGCGAAUCGUUGCCAAGGCAUUCGCCGAUGUUGCCAAGGCCUAUGCCGAUGCCGGCACUGCCGACGACUCAGCUCACACCACCCACAUCACCAAUGGUGCCAACAUCGGAACACUUGGCACGGCCUCUACAUUACUCUACCCUGAUCCCCAGCCGCCGUCCUUGGUCCUUCCCAACGAGUACCCUGUACCGGGAUUGUAG